AUGAAGGUUCUAUCUCAGCCAGUUAAUGUUCUUGACAAUUCCAAUCACAUCAAACCAUGCAAAUCCACAUCAAGAAAUUUCACUACAAUUCCCGUCGUGGAUUUUUUAGACCCUGAUGCAAAAACUAAGAUUGUUGAGGCCUGCAAAGAAUUUGGAUUCUUCAAAGUGAUUAACCACGGUGUUUCAUUGGAGAUUAUGGCCAAAUUGGAAUCUGAAGCUGUCAAGUUUUUCAAUUUACCCCAGCCAGAUAAAGAAAAAUCUGGCCCUCCUAACCCUUUUGGUUAUGGUAACAAGAAAAUUGGCCCAAAUGGUGAUGUGGGUUGGCUUGAGUAUCUUCUCUUUGGAGCUUGGCCAGAAAUCGGGAAAGGGAAUGCUCAAGUCAUUCUUCCAGGAAUUUCAGAAAUUUUAUGGUCUCUUGUGAAUGAUUAUGUUUCAGCAAUGAGGAACAUGAUGUGUGAAGUUUUGGAAAUGAUAACUGAUGGACUGAAAAUAGGGCCAAAGGACGUUUUGAGUAGGCUGAUAAAGGAUGAGAAAAGCGAUUCUUGUUUUAGGGUAAACCACUAUCCACCAUGCCCAGAGCUUCAAUCAUUGAGUGGUCGAAUUUUGAUAGGCUUUGGAGAACAUACAGACCCACAAAUAUUAUCUGUCAUAAGAUCUAACAACACAUCAGGCCUCCAAAUAUGUCUUAAAGAUGGUACUUGGGUCUCUGUCCCACCUGAACACUCCUCCUUUUUCUUCAACGUCGGUGAUUCCUUGCAGGUAAUCACCAAUGGCAGGUUCACGAGCGUGAAGCAUAGAGUAUUGGCUCAUAGAUUAAAAUCAAGAGUGUCUAUGGUAUAUUUUGGAGGGCCACCUUUGAGUGAAAAGAUUACGGCUUUAUCGUCACUAAUGGAAGAUGGAGAAAAAAAAUUGUACGAGGAGUUUACAUGGUCAGAGUAUAAGAAAUUAGCUUACAAAUCGAGGUUGGGAGAAAAUAGGCUGGGGCUUUUUGAAAAAUCAUAUAAUCGAACUCACAUCCCAAAAGCAGUUUAA